AUGUUAGAUGAACUAUAUAAAGCAGAACGUGGAGAGAUGGAAAAGAAACUUCAUGCAAAAGAUGAAGUCAUUGAAUCCAAAGACAAAAGCAUACAGAAAAGAAUACCACGUUCAGUACCAAAAGGAAAGGAAAAGAGUUAUAAGUAUAUGAUUUAUACUGAAGAGUUGGAGAAAGAAGAAGAUAAAGAUAUGGUUAUGUUGCAUUUAGUCAGAAGAAACAACAAGAGCUUUUAUGACUUAGCUAAAAUAUAUAAAUCUGACAGAAACUGGUUCUAUUGUGAAAACUUACCGAUUUCAAUGACUCCGAAUGAACAAAUAAAGGAAAUUGUCAAAAAUACUCUUCCUCAAACACACUAUGACAUCAAAGGUUGCACAAUACUUACAUUCAAAGAAGACUUACCAUUACUGAAGGAAAAAAUAACAGAAUAUUUCGACAACUUCAAAGAGGAAGAAUGA